CAAAUAUUGAAGCUGAGUUCUUGCGACAAAUCGUAGGCUCAAGCCCUAACAACUGGUAUCGGAGCCGAAGGUUUAUUCGGUGAUUGGUAAAGAACAUGUCUGACGACUCAAAGAUGGCUGGGAUCGAGAAGUUCGAUAGCAAGGACUUCAAUUAUUGGAAGAUGCAGAUUGAGGAUUAUCUCUAUGGAAAAAAACUACAUCAGCCACUUUCUGGUGAUAAGCCCCCCAGUCUGACGGAGGAUGACUGGAAAUUGUUGGAUCGUCAGGUUCCCGGGGUGAUCAGACUAACGAUUUCUAGAUCUGUGGCUCAGAACGUGAGCAAGGAGACUACAACAGUAGGCCUUAUGAAGGUCCUAUCAAGUAUGUAUGAAACUCCCUCGGCAAACAACAAGGUCUAUUUGAUGAAAAAGUUAUUUAAUUUGCGCAUGACGGAAGGAGGGGAGGUUACACACCAUCUAAACGAAUUCAAUGCAUUGAUUAAUAAUCUCUCAUAUGUUGAGAUUAAGUUUGAGGAUGAGGUCAUGGCGUUAAUUUUACUAGCGUCAUUACCUAAUAGUUGGGAGCCUAUGCGAAUGGCUGUGAGUAAUUCUGUAGGGAAAUCAAAGUUAGCCUUCGAUAAUGUAAGGGAUCUGAUUUUUGCUGAAGAAGUUCGGGUAUUUCUUGCAAAUGGUGAGGAACUCGCAAUUGUUGGCAUUGGGGAAGUCAGAUUAGCACUUCCAAAUAAAUCAAUUUGGCUAUUGGAAAAAGUUCGCCAUAUUCCGGGGUUGCGAAGAAAUCUUAUUUCUGUUGGACAAUUAGAUGAUGAGGGACAUGCAAUAUUGUUCAACAAAUAG